UUACUUCAAUUAAUUGUACGGUUAUCGUCUGCCAAAAAUGAUCCGAACCUUGAGCAUUUGCAUUGCGAUCUAUUCACUAUGGAUUUGGCCAAACAAAUGAAUAAAAUCCAUGACAUCGGAAAUUUUGAUAAUUCGGAUUUUGAAAAAAGUGACAAUUUGGACUUGACUGGUUUGGAGUGUUUCUCAUUCAAAUACAGUGUUCAUUGGCCGAUAUCCAUAGUUUUAAAUCAAUGGGCCCUGUCACAGUAUCAGAUGCUGUUUCGCUUGUUGUUUUAUUGCAAACAUGUUGAUCGCCAAUUGUGCAAAGUUUGGAUACAAAAUAUUGAAAUUAUCAAAAACAAAGUUAAAAAAGAUCACUUUCGCACCGCAUUUGCUUUACGACAACGAAUGCUUAAUGCUAUUCAGCACUUGGAAUACUAUAUGAUGAUUGAAGUUGUCGAACCGAAUUGGCAUAUUUUCACGGAAAAGAUGAAAAACGUACGAAAUAUAGAUGAAGUUAUUAUGAUACAUCAGGAUUUUCUACACGUUUGCUUGCAAAAUUGUAUGCUACAUUUUCCAAACUUGUUACGUUCACUUAUGAUGAUUUGCAGCGUUUGUUUGCGUUUUUGUAAAAUUAUAUCGGUGUCUCAUUAUACAAAAUCCGAUAUUGACGCAAUUGAAAAGGAAUUCAAUGAUCAAUUGGUCACAUUUAUCAAGUCAUUAGGUGAACAGUCAUCAGACACAUCAACAGCCAAAUUUCUUAGUUUAGUUUGCCGCUUAAAUUUCAACUCAUUUUACAAUUAACAACAUUACCCAAAAAACCUAUUUUUGUCAUUAAUACCAGUGGCAAGUAAUAUUUUUGUUCUACCGUCCUAAUUUUGACAUUCAUAGUAAUUUUAAUUGAUACACAUUUCAAUAUAUGUUUUUGAAAGUUUAAAAUAAGUAUUGUUGUUGCUUUAUUUAUUAUUAUUCAAUUCUCUUGGUAACUAACUUCAUGUUAAAUUCAAUUCAUUCAAUAUUGUAACAUGACAGCUCAUUCUUUCGUCUUUAAUCUUUACAACAAUGAGGUGUUUUUCAAAAAACGUCUACCAUGUCUCAGAUAUUCCGAAAACAUUUAAAUCUUUUUUGUUUCGAUUUCGACUCACAUUCGAGUUUAAACCAUGGAUCCAUUGAUUUUUUUGAUAAUAAAAAAUAUUUUUUUUUAAUUAUAUAAAAUCGUUUAUUGUGUGCGAAUUGAGUUGAUGAUGGGAAACAUAACCACAAUUGACGACUCACAAGACAAAUUCUUUCACCGCAUGUGAAAUGCGCGUGGAAAAAAAGGAAUUUGAAAUUCGAUCGAAUUGAAUAUAUGAUGACCGUGAUGUAAGACGCUAAUGGAAAAGACAUUAAAAUAAGAAGUAACAACAGCGGCGUCACAUUAAAAAAAAUGUUUUAAUCAUACAGUUUUGGAGAUUAUAAUGUUAUAAUACUAUGUUGAAAUCUACAGCCAUUCCGGUCAUUGAACAGGAUUAAAAGAGAUAAUUCAAGCAUAGAUUUUAUGAACUUAAAAAACUGAGAAUACCUACUAAACUAAUGAAAAAAUUCAAAUAAAAAAGUUUUUCCUAAAUUUUAAAAUUCCUUUAAUUAUGAAA